AUGUACCCCGUCCCCAGCAAGGCCCGUUACUCCGGGGCCCGCUUCUCCUUCAAGCUUCCGAGCGCACGCAUCACCGGACACGAUGCUUCGAUUGUGGUGACAGUAUGGGAGUCCUCCGACGGCCCCAGGGCAGUGCCUGGCCCGCACAACGCCGGCAAGAAGGAAAGGGCAAAGAAGAAGGCGGCGGAGGUGGUGGUGGAGGCGGCGGUAAUGGAGGUGGAGGAGAAAAGCAAGGAGGAGGCAACGGAGGAGGUGGGCAGCGUGGCGGAGGUCAGCCCGAAGGCCCUGACCGACCAAACUCUCCACAGGGCGGUGGCUCAGGUCGACCUCCUCCCAAUGAUGGUGGACGAGGAGGACCCGAUCCAAACAACGAUGGCCGCGGGGGGCAGGGUCCCAACGGAGGCAACGGACAAGGACGAGGCCAAGGACGACCACCAUCGCCGCAAGGCGGCCCAAAUCCCGAUGAUUUUCAAAGAGAGGCCAAUGGACCCCCGAAUGGAGGGCCACCGGGAGGUUCACAAAACCAAAACCAGAACCAAGGGGGCAAUAGAAAUCAAGGGCAAGGCCAAGGGCAGAGUAAUCAGAACGGAAACCAGAACCCAGGCAACCGAGGACAAGGCCAACAGAACCAAGGCCAGAACCAAAACCAAAACCAAAAUCAAGGGCAGAACCAAGGGACAGAAUCCCAACGAGAACAACAACAACAACAACAACAAUAACAACAACAACAAUAACAACAACAAUAAUAAUAACAACAAUAAUAAUAAUGGGAACAACAACCAGUCCAAGUCAGAGGAAUCUAAGUCGACGACGCAAGAGCAAACCUCGACAGCUGAGCAGACGACAACCUCCACCCCCCAAGCUGAGCCUACAGAACAGCCUCCUCCUCCUCCCCCUCCUGCUGCUGCUGCUCCCUCACAAGAAGUACCGCCUCUCGCAGCCCAACCACCGCCGCCACCACCACCUCCAGAACAAACCUCGACAUCUUCAUCUUUGACCUCGACUUCUUCGACCUCAAGUACACCCAUAUCAACUAGCACGACGCAGCAGCAAAUACCCGCCUCUUCUUCACUCAGCGUCUCAACACCGCCUCUCGCUGCCCAGACCCAAGUCUCACUCUCACCACAGACAACUCCUCCACCUGUACCACUGCCCGUUGUCGUACCACCCUCCGCCUCGGGCUCCUUGGUUGCCGAGCUCGCUCCGACUCCGUCUCUGGCAUCAGCUCCUCUUCCAUCCGCACUCGCCAACAGCAACGAUGCUACUUCACCCGGGCCUGUCAUGUCCUCUGGAAAGAUGGCAGGAAUCGCUGUCGGCAGUGUUUCUGCUGUGGCAAUGAUCGGCACUUUGAUCCUGAUCCUUUUCCGACUCAGGAGGAAGGGUUACCUGCGAUCAUUCAAACAGCCGUUUAAGAGUGUCCGGGGUGGAUUCAUGGGGCGCGGGAAGAGACUCCCAAGCCGAACAUCUACUCCUGAGCCAGAAAUGACCGAGUCCCGCAUGGCCCCAGCAGGAAGACUGAGCAGGGUUCGAUCACCAUCCGCAUGGGAUCACGACGAUGAUGACUUGGCUUCCCCUUCGAUCCUCGAGAGGCCACUGCCCAUCAUCCAAAAGUCUUUGAAGGGCUUGGUUAGCCGUGGUGGAUCGAAGACAAAGACUUCUGACCAGGACUUGGACGGCUUCUUCGUCGGAAGCACGCUGUCGCCAGUACCUGAAGUUCGAUCGGUAAUAUCGCGGACCGACGAACCCAUCGUACCGCCGUCACCUACUGCACAGGUGACGGAGUCGCGCGAGCCAUUGGCACAACAGCUCGAGCCUGCAGCUUCCGUGAACUGCCCGGUGCAAAAACUACAGAACAAACUUCGCUUGCACAAUUCAACCGAUCCGCGUCCGUGUACGAAACACCCACACCUCGGCCGUCCCGCGGAUCGAGGCAGCGUUUCAUCUGUGUCGUCGUGUACGACGUGCGGCGGCUCCUCACCCAGGGAAAGCCGGUUCUCCUUUGCCUUCCUCCUGCAGCCACCCCUGGACUUGUUCAAAUCCAAGAGAGGCUCUUCGGAUGAUGAAAGCAGGAAGUCAGGCUGGUCGUUGUGGUUCAGGGCGGAUGAUGGCAAGAAGGAUAAGCCGGAACAGAGUACUAUGCAAGAGAAAAGAUGA